UUAAUGCUUACUGGUUUCCAUUCUGUAAGCAGUUGAAAGAAAAUCAUGGGUUCAUCCAACCAGUUCAAUCAGGGAAGGAAAUUUUUAGCAAAUAAGCCAAGGAAUGAGGUUGAUGCUAAAGAAGAAAUCUUCAGAAUUGAUGAAGGUAAGAAUUCCGCAGGAAACACAACAUUUGCGACAAACUAUGGACGAUGGUUGGAAAAACACAAUAGACUUAUUUGUGAGAUACGGAGUAGUUUAAAUGAGGAAGUUGUUGAUGACAAACUAGUGUUUCUUAUAGACAUUGUCAUGAAGCACUAUGUGGAAUUCUCAGAAAUGAAAACUAGCGCUGCAAAUUUUGAUGUCAGCAAUGUUGCUUGGAACACAACAGCUGAACACAGUGUGUGGUGGAUUGGAGGAUUUCGCCCUUCUCAACUGCUCCAGGUUAUUGUGCCUCAACUUCAACAUUCGUGUUCUCAGCAGCAACUUUCUGAUAUUUGGAAUUUUGUACAAUCAUGUAAACAAGUAGAAUAUGCUCUUGCACGAGGCAUGGAGAAACUUCACCAAAUCCUUCAUAAUGCAACAACAGAAGGUGACAAAGGAUUAAAACUGACUUGUGCCUCACAACAUAUGAGAUUUCUAAAGCAGGCGAAUGAUGUUCGACAGGAAUUUUUGCAUCAACUAUGUGGUCUGCUCACAAAUAGUCAGUAUGCAGAAUUCUUACUUGGUUUGGGGGAACGCCUCCAUAACCCUGCUAGCUCACUUUGAACACUCCAUCAAAUAUGAAAGUGGAAGUGUUUAUUCUUAAGUUUAUAUAUUACAAAUUAUAAAUAAAUAUUUUA